AUGAUUCACAACAAAAACAAAUCCAUUCACCUUCUUUUACGGUUUGAUUCUGAGACUACAAAUAGUGAGAACUCUCUCCUUGUACUAGAUGAUGAAGAGGAUUUUAAAAACAACCAAGCCACUUACCUCACCGUAAUCACCGAUCCUGAUGACGUUUUCGACGAAGCUUCCUCUAUUGAAUCCUCUCAAGACUAUUUGUUCAGUGAAAUCGACAAAGCAAUCACUCUCAUACACAAAGAGUUCGUUAACCAAGAUCUUCUCAAACCUAAUCCCGCCAAAGAGGUAUUUCCGAAGUCAUUCACGAAGAGCUUCAACCAUAUCAAGUCGACAAUGCCGAAGAAAGCGACUUUUGAUAGUUUAGUGAAGAGUAAGAAAGCUAGAAUACUUGAACCUAAGUUUCAUAUGACUUUGGCUGUGAUUUUAGAUGAGAGUAAAAUGGUUCCUGUUUUGGUUGAUGGGAAUUUAGAAGUUGAAAUUAGUGGAAUUCAAUAUGAUUCUAGGCUUGUAACUUCUGGUAAUUUGUUUGUGUGUUGUGUUGUAAGUAAAAACGACAGACACAUGUUCUUGAGAGAGGCUGAUAAAAGAGGAGCUGUUGUUGUUAAGUUAACACUCAUAACCAUUACUUCUCUUUGGAAAACUAUUAGCUACAAAAACCUUACUUCAAUCGAAGUUGAAAGCACCUCAGAUGGAUUUGAUGAAGGAGAUUUAUUAGCAGCAGAAAGCUUAGAGAUUUACAAAGAAACAUUUUGGAGAGUUGGAUCAUAA